AUGAGGAACAAAGCAUCUUCUUCUUUGUUCAUAUGGGCUUUGGUUGCUGGCAUGCUCACCCACAACCUGGUCAUCCCUGUCAUAUCCACCACCCUUGAGGACCAGAAGAACUACUACACUCCAGACCUUUGUGCCGUAACUCCCCCUUCAGGCAACGGUGGAAGCCCUCCCGGAGGUUCGCAUGGAAGUCCACCUUCCCAUCAUCAUCACAACCCUCCCUCUCAUGGAGGCUACAGCUACAGCCCUCCCUCUCACGGAGGCUACAGCCCUUCACCAUCACCACCUUCCUACUGUGGUACCCCAUCAUCAAGACCAUCAACUCCUUCAACCCCAUCAAGACCUACAACUCCAACUCCAACUCCAACCUAUGGAACUCCACCUUCAGGCGGUAGCCCCCCUGUCAUUGUAAGCCCCCCACUCCCAUUCAUUGGAACUCCACCAAUUGACCCCGGUACUCCAGGUGUUCCUACACCUCCCUAUCUUCCUGAUCCCAACUCCCCUCCCUUCACAUGCACCUACUGGAGGAACCACCCCACAGUGAUAUGGGGUCUUGUGGGCUGGUGGGCAACACUUGGCCAUUCCUUUGGUCUGACUAGCGUUCCAGGGUUCGGAUCAGGCUCCAUGAACUUGCAUCAAGCGCUUUCCAACACUCGCACUGAUGGACUUGGGGAACUCUACAGAGAAGGAACUGCUUCCUUGCUCAACUCUAUGGUGGACAACAGGUUCCAUUUCACUACCGCGCAAGUCAGGGACGGUUUUGUCAGAGGACUAAGAUCGAACAAGGUAGCAACCAACCAAGCCCGUCUCUUCAGGCUGGCCAACGAGGGAAAACUCAAGCCCAGAGCUUGA